CAUUCUCUUUAUGUGUGUAAUAAAUUGGCGUAUUUUGUUCUGUAGAUUGAUAUUGUAGGUUGUAUAAAGUAUUUAUUAAACUAAUUGGACCGUAAGUUAUGACGGAUCUUCAGCUCGAUUAUGCCCUGGAUUUAAUGAGGAGACUCCCACCUCAGCAGGUGGAGAAAAACCUCUCAGAUCUCAUUGAUCUCGUUCCCGAGUUAUGUGAAGAUCUUCUGUCAUCCGUGGAUCAACCUCUGAGAGUAUUACGAGAUAAACAAACUGGAAAAGAUUAUUUGUUGUGUGAUUAUAACAGAGAUGGAGAUUCAUAUAGGUCACCGUGGAGCAACAAAUACGAUCCUCCAUUAAGUGAUGGAGCAAAACCAUCAGAUAGUUUGCGAGAUAUUGAAGUCAGUGCUAACAGUGCAUUUGAUUCAUACAGAGAAAUGUACUUUGAAGGUGGUAUUUCUUCUGUGUAUAUGUGGGACCUUGACCAUGGGUUUGCUGGUGCCAUUCUUAUUAAAAAGGUUGGAGAUUCUUCACCAAAAAUUAAAGGGUGCUGGGAUUCUAUUCAUGUUAUUGAAGUUGUGGAAAAGUCUGGAGGUCGUAAUGCUCAUUACAAACUUACAUCCACUGUUAUGCUGUGGCUUCAAACAAGCAAAGCUGCAUCAGGAACAAUGAACCUUGGGGGAAGUUUAACUAGACAGGUUGAAAAAGAUUCAUCUCUGAACGAAGGAAGCAACUCCCAUAUUGCUAACAUUGGAAGAUUGGUUGAAGAGAUGGAGAAUAAGAUGAGACAUACUCUCAAUGAAAUUUAUUUUGGGAAAACAAGAGAUAUUGUGCAAGAGCUACGCUACUCCUUUUCUCGCCACAAUUCUCACGACCAUCGAAAGAAACUCAACAUGGAGCUUUCCGCUGGCUUCACAAGGAACAACAGAAUGUGACUCUUAUUUCACCAUUUUCUGUCUCUCACUUGUGCAUCUGAAAAAGACAAACGACAAACAGUUGCAAACGAGUUGAAAAACAAAUUUGGAAAGUAAUUCUCCACUGUCUAAACUGCUGCUCAACCAUAAACAGUACUGAGCCAUGCUAUUGUGCAUGGCAGCGGUCUAAAAUCGGAACCGUUUGCUACCAUAAUAAAUAUCUUUAAUAUAAACAAUUGUGGAAGUGAUAUGAUUUGGAUGCGAGAAUUUUCUCUUUUAUCUCUGCAUCGUCCCAUCUAUAUCUAUAUAUUCUUUAUCAUAAUUUCUCUCAUGUGCAAAUCACGCAUGCUACACCUUACGCAUGCUACACCAUGCUUGCAAAUGUAUCAUACCCAUAAAUGUUAUAAACCAAGACCACAAAUUUACAAAAUAUGAAAGACUGCAGCAACACACAUGUUCCUGAUCUGUGAUUACUUAUGAUAUAUCGAAAUAUGCUGAUCAUAUUAGCUGGAAUUUUAUCUCUUGGAAAAAUAAAAUUAUUUUGUAGCCAGAAUC